CAUUCCUCCUGAUUUUAGUAACUGAAGAAACAACCCUCUUUGGAAAUUCUACCGUUUCUGCCAAUCCAUCAUCACCUGCGCUUCAUUUCAUCAUAUCUUUAUUUCUUUUUUUCUUCACUAAUUGCAAAAAAGAGUAAAUUUGAAACACAUUUUAUGGAACUUGUUUUUCCUCCUUGGAUUUAGGAAAGCUUGAGCCCCUUUUUCUCAGAUUCCGCCCCAUGUGUCAAAAAGUUACCAGAUUCCAACCAAACACAAUAAUUCUCCCAAAUUUUAAUCCGACCAUAACUAACUCCUCUCUUUCUCUCUACAGUCUACACACUUCUCUCUACUUUUAUGAAAAUUGGAGAUGAAGAGAGAAAUCACUUCCUACAUUAGUAAUUCAUCAAACUGGCUGUUCGAAGACGGCGCGAAAUGGACGGCGGAGGAGAACAAGCGGUUCGAGACUGCCCUGGCAUUGUUCGACAAGGACACCCCCGACCGCUGGCACAAUGUGGCCUCCAUGAUCCCGGGAAAAUCUGUCGCCGACGUCAUUAAACAAUACCGUGAAUUAGUCGAGGACGUCAGCGACAUCGAAGCUGGCCUCAUCCCGGUUCCCGGCUACUCCAACAACUCAUUCACUCUUGAGUGGAUGGCCGAUCGCGGCCCCCCCAAACGCAGCACCUCAGCCCACGACCGCAAGAAGGGCGUCCCGUGGACCGAAGAAGAACACAGACAAUUUUUGUUGGGAUUGAACAAGUACGGGAAGGGGGAUUGGAGGAACAUCUCGCGCAAUUUUGUGACGACGAGGACUCCAACGCAGGUUGCAAGCCAUGCUCAGAAGUAUUUUAUUAGACAGUUGUCGGGAGGGAAGGAUAAAAGGAGAUCGAGCAUACAUGACAUCACGACCGUUGAUCUCGAUGAAGCGAAAUCGCACAAGGACGGUGCUGAUGCACCGAGCAUGGUUAGAGCCACAGAUGAUUCUGAGCUGAGUAAUCAUAUGGGGUUUGGCUCUUCAACAAAUAGUGGCUAUCAUCUACUGAGGUCUUCCUCCAUUGGGCACCAGCAUUUUCAUGAUAGUACUAUAUUCUACAUUAAUCCAACUCCAAAUCUUUGAGUUUGUUAGAUUAGUAUUGAAUUAGCAACUUCUUCAUAUAUAAUUUGGAAGCGAUUCUUGAUUUCUUCUUUUUUUUUUCUACUAGUGUACAAUCAUCUAAUAAAAACUUAAGGCUUCAACAAAUGUAUGUAUUUUAUUAUUGUUACUAUUGUUCAUACGAAUUCCAAUUGAUAAUGUA